AUGGCAGGCGGUGUCAAGAAGCCCGUCAACAUCUUCCGCCUCAAGGACUUGGGCGAGCCCGCGGGCGUCUUCAACUGGCGCCUGUGGUUCGCCGUCGUUUCCUUUGGCCUGCUCGGCGCGGCGCGUGGCAUCGACGAGGGCCUCAUCUCCGGCGCCUUCAACUCCCCGGACUUCAAGGACACGAUUCACUACUCUAGCUACUCCAAGGUCGCCCAGGCCAACAUCAAGGCCAAUGUCUCAGCCAUGGUCCAGAUUGGUUCCGUCGGCGGUGCACUGAUUGCCUUCUUGAUCUGCGAUCGCAUCGGCCGUAUUCAGGCCACCCGCGUCCUGUGCGCGCUCUGGGUCCUCGGCAUCAUCAUCUUCAUGGUCGGAGGUGUCAAUGGAAACUUGGGAGCCAUUUAUGCAGGCCGCUUCAUCGCCGGUCUCGGUGUCGGCCAGACGCCCGUCGUCGGGCCCGUCUACAUCGCCGAAGUCGCCCCAGCGUCCGUUCGAGGUCUCUGCACCUGCUUCUUCACCGGCGCUGUCUACAUCGGCAUCGUCCUCGCCUACUUCACCAACUACGGCGCCGCCCUGCACAUUGACCCCAACAGUCACAACCGCUGGCUCGUGCCCACCAGUCUGCACGUCAUGAUGGCCGGCAUCAUCUUCAUUCUUACCUUCUUCCAGUACGAGUCGCCGCGCUUCCUCGUCAAGCAGGGUAAGCCCGACCGGGCCGCCGAUGUCAUGAGCAAGCUCCGCCACCUCCCCGUCGACAGCGACUACGUCGUUGGCGAAAUCACCACCAUUCAGGCCGCCCUCGACCACGAGCUCGAGGCCACCAAGGGCGUCGGUUGGCUCGGCAAGAUCAAGGAGAUGUUCCUCGACAAGAGCAACCUCUACCGUGUCUACCUCGCCACCAUGGUCCAGCUCCUCUCUCAAUGGUCCGGCGCUGGCUCCAUCACCCUUUACGCGCCCGAUCUGUUUGCGCUCCUGGGCAUCACCGGCAGCGAGGAGGGCCUGCUCGUUACCGCGGUCUUUGGCAUCAUCAAGCUGAUCGCGGCGCUCAUGUGUGCCCUGUUCCUUGUUGAUGUCAUUGGCCGGAAGCGCGCUCUCCUCACGGGCAUUACCCUCCAGGCCAUCGCCAUGAUCUACGUCGCAGGCUUCUUGACGGCCGUCCCCGAAAUGGGCGUAGUCAAGAACUUUGUGCUGCCCGCCGACAAGAAGGGCGCGAGCCGCGGCGCCAUCGCCAUGAUCUACAUUUCUGGCUUCGGAUGGGCCCUUGGCUGGAACUCCAUGCAGUACCUCCUCACAGCCGAGCUGUUCCCUCUCAGGAUCCGUGCCCUGGCUACGUCUUGGGCCAUGACACUGCACUUUGCCAACCAAUACGGCAACUCUCGCGCCGUUCCCAACAUGCUGCUCCCCGUUUCCGACGGUGGCAUCUCCCCCAAGGGCACUUUCUGGUGCUUUGCAGCUGUCACCAUCGUUGGCGGUAUCUGGGUCUGGUUCUCCGUUCCCGAGACCAGCGGGCGCAGCCUCGAGAGCAUGGACCGCCUCUUCGACCUUCCGUGGUACAAGAUUGGUCUGUACGGCAACCGGGACGCCGAGCAGAAGGACAUGGCCUAUGACGAGAAGCAGCGCAUCGCUGAGGAGGAGCGCGGGACGCAGCAGCAUGUGGAGAAGACGAUUAACGUGUAA